ACGCUAAAAUAAGUCCGGCCUCUCCUCCUUGGGUGAAGGUUCACCGCGGUGACUGUGUCUCUUUAGCUGUCUGCUGCUGCACAAUUAAACCUUUCAGCAACAAUGUCUGGUCGAGUCCUCGUCGGAGUGAAGCGUGUCAUUGACUACGCCGUUAAGAUCCGUGUGAAGCCAGAUAAGACCAGCGUGGUGACGGACGGCGUGAAGCACUCCAUGAACCCGUUCUGUGAGAUCGCGGUGGAGGAGGCGGUCAAGCUGAAGGAGAAGAAGCUGAUUAAGGAGGUGGUGGCUGUCAGCUGUGGGCCUCAACAAGCUCAGGAGACGAUCCGUACGGCCCUCGCCAUGGGAGCAGACCGCGGUAUCCACGUGGAAGUUACCGGGAAGGACUACGAGUCCCUGGGACCGCUGCAGGUCUCUAAGAUCAUGGCUGCUCUGGCCAAGAAGGAGGAAGCUCAGCUCGUCAUCCUCGGCAAACAGGCCAUCGAUGACGACUGUAACCAGACGGGCCAGAUGACUGCAGCUCUGCUGGACUGGCCUCAGGGAACCUUUGCCUCAGAGGUUUCACUGGAAGAGGACAAGGUUACAGUGGUGAGAGAGAUCGACGGCGGCCUGGAGACGGUGAAGAUCAACAUGCCGGCUGUGAUCACCGCCGACCUCCGACUCAACACGCCCAGAUACGCCACGCUGCCCAACAUCAUGAAAGCCAAGAAGAAGAAGAUCGCCAACGUGAAGCCUGCAGACCUCGGCGUGGACGUGACGUCACGGCUGGAGGUGCUGAGAGUGGACGAGCCCCCACAGAGACAGGCGGGGGUGAAGGUGGAGACGGUGGAGGACCUGGUGGCCAAACUGAAGGAGGCGGGGAGGGUUUAGAGGCUUGAGGAGCAAGAGGAGGGAGCACAGGACCUGGCAGAACGGAUUCUCUAAUGAAUAACUGGACUGAAGAGAUAAACCAACCCAGAGGACGAGUUAAUGCCCCGGUCUGAUCCUUCUGUUGAGACUGUGACUCCCAGGAGAGGAGGAAGAGGAGGAGGAGGAGGAGGAGGAGGAGCUGAGAGACACUGUCCUCCUUUAAUGUCCAUUUUAACUCCUGUUCUGUAUCACAGGCUGCUAAUCUGACUUCAGUCAAGCAGCUUUUAUGCAACAAUCCAAACCCAGAGGCUCCUAUCACUAUUAUUCCUGUAUUACUGUACAAACUACGGGUACGAUGCAUCUCACCAACAGCCACUUCUGGACUUCUGCUCUUUAAAUCUUACGUUAAGAGGUGCCGUUUUUUUGUAAAUCCUAUAUGUAAAUACGGAGAUGAGUGGCGUGUCUGCUGGUGGUUUGUGUGGUUUGUGUAGUUUGUGUGGUUUGUGGUUGUAGCUGCUGGGACAGUGUCUCUCAGUGAGACGAGGAAAUGAUCAACCUGACUUUUACCGUAAGCGCCUCAGUUCUCUUUGAUUGUACAGAACAUUACCAUGACAAUAAAGAAGCCAGUCUUUUUCAUAUCUAAA